AUGAAUAGCAAGACGUUUAUCGUAUGGUUUAUUUUGUUAGCGGCUGUUGUCGUGACCGUCGCCAAAGAGGCUUCAGUGGAGAAAGAAGAUGCUAAGAAAGUAGAAAUACCAGCCGUGGAAGGCAAAGGAGACGCUGCCGCUGAGGCAGUCGUUGAAGAAGAGAAGGACAGCAAGUAUGACGUUGAUAACGGAGGAGGAUGGAAAGGAGGCGGUGGUAGAGGUGGAGGAUGGAAAGGAGGCAGUGGUAGAGGUGGGGGAUGGAAAGGAGGCGGUGGUGGAGGAUGGAAGGGAGGCGGUGGUGGAGGAUGGAAAGGAGGUGGUGGAGGUGCUGCGGUUGAGGCAGUCGUUGAAGAAGAGAAGGACAGAAAUUAUGACGUUGAUAACGGAGGGGGAUGGAAAGGAGGCGGUGGUAGAGGUGGGGGAUGGAAAGGAGGCGGUGGUGGAGGUGGGGGAUGGAAAGGAGGCGGUGGUGGAGGAUGGAAGGGAGGCGGUGGUGGGGGACGGAAAGGAGGUGGUGGAGGUGCUGCCGAGUUGGACACUGAGGAGAUUAAUGGUGGUUCAGAAGAUGUACAAACGUAUAGAGGCGGUGGCCAAGGAGGAGGAUGGAAGGGAGGCGGUGGCCAAGGAGGAGGAUGGAAGGGAGGCGGUGGCCAAGGAGGAGGAUGGAAGGGAGGGGGUGGCCAAGGAGGAGGAUGGAAGGGAGGCGGUGGCCAAGGAGGAGGUUGGAAGGGAGGCGGUGGCCAAGGAGGAGGUUGGAAGGGAGGGGGUGGUCGAGGUGGCGGUGGUGGUGGAGUGUAG